AUGACAAAAUUUACGAUCGUGGCCUUAGUGCAAGUGACCGUCAUGUUUGUAAUGCAGGUAUCUGUAGAAUCAUGCAGUGAUGAACUCAUCAGGGAUAUGAUAGUGAAAGUUUGUGCAAUGGGUGGAAUAAAACGUUCAUUCCCUGACAACAGCCGCCCUGGCUCAUCGUUAGGGCUACAUUUUAGGGGGAUGGUGACUGACGUCGAACGCGAAUUCAAACACCUGGUCGGAGACAUCGAAGAAGUGGACUUGCUGCUAAAAACAUCUAAUAAGAAUACACCAAAAGAACCAAACGUCACUCCACUGUGGCUGCGUCCAAUUAAUUUGCCGGGUUUCAGAGACGACAGAUCGAGACACCCGAGAAUACGCGGUGACUCCGGAAAGGCCACGAUUAUAAAACGGGAAUUAAUGAACGACUUCAGAGAGUGCUGCGUCAAGAAAUGCUCAGUCAAAGAUUUAAAUCGUAUAUGUGGGAAAAAAUAA